ACAAAAAAAAAAAACAAACAAAUACGCACACAUCUAAACAAAUGCACAUACAUUUACAGAGUACAACGUAUAUUUGAACAAUUCACAGAUACGAUAUAUAUAUAUAUAUAUAUAAACACGCUGAAGCAGGCAAUUCCGUGCGCCGGAGUACCCCUAAUGACAAUAAUGAUGUGCAGGAUGACAAUGUACUAUGGCUGGAGGAUGACAAGCGCCCACUAAUUAUGAUAAAUGCCACGUAGCUAAGCGAUCCGAAAGCACAAAGAACCAAAAGCUCAAAUCAAAUACACAUACACACGCACACCACAAACAACUCAAAAGAAAACAGAAAGAAAAAAAAUAAGAAGAAAAUGUCAAAAUAUCAAAAACUCGACAACGCGCUGGCAUCCACAAUGCACGAUGAUGAUUACGAUGAGAGUUUCUCACUUUAUCCCGAUGAUAAUCAACAGCAGCAGCAGCUGCAACAGCUGCAGCACAAUACUGGCAGCAAUCAUUUAAGACUGAACAGCACUCACAUGCCAAAUGGUAAUCCAAAAUACCACAACAACAACAACAACAACAACAGCAACAACAACAACAUGGACUCAUUGAGAAGAACAAGAGCUGAUGCUUCGGAGCUGGAGGAGCACACCUGGGAGGUUCCACUGUUGCGCAGCGGCAGCAGCAAUAAUAGUCGCACGAAUUUGCACUUGGAACCGAACGCCGACACUUUUGUCGCCUGCCACAGCGGGCAGCCGGGCUUUGGCGCAAACCUUAAAAGCAAAUCGGCGCAGGAGGCGAAAUUUAAAAUUCUGCUUGCAAUUUCGCUCUGUUGCAUAUUCAUGAUCAUUGAAUUCCUUGGCGGUUAUAUAGCCAGCAGCCUGGCCAUUAUGGCCGAUGCCGCGCAUUUGGCAUCUGAUUGCAUUAGUUUCGUCAUCGGGCUGGUGGCCAUUUGGCUGGGCGGACGGCCGCCAGACUCACGCAUGUCCUUUGGCUACAAACGCUUCGAGGUCCUGGGCGCCUUGGCCUCCAUUCUGGGCAUUUGGCUGCUGACAGCGAUGCUCGUUAUUGUUGCCAUCGAUCGCAUCUACUCGCAGAACUUUGAACUCGAUGUCAAUGUCAUGAUGUGCAUAUCGGCCAUUGGCAUUGCCAUUAAUAUCAUCAUGAUGUUCGUAUUGCAUGGCACCUGGUUUAUAGGCCCCAAUGGCCAUGGGCAUGGCCACAGCCACGGCCACAGCCACAGCCAUAGCCACAGUCAUAGCCAUAGCCAUAGCAAUAGCCAUAGUCACAGUCAUGGACACAGUCAUGGAUAUGGACAUGAACAUGGGCUGGGCCACGCCCAGCCAACAACAAUCAGCGCCAGCGACGAGCCUCAUAAUGUAGUUAUAACAAACGGCUUAAAGCCAAUCCAACAAAACGGCACGGAACGCAAUCUGAAUCUGCGCGCAGCGAUGAUUCAUGUGAUUGGGGAUCUGGUGCAGAGCAUUGGCGUCUUUCUGGCGGCUAUUCUAAUCAAAUUCUAUCCCAGCGCCAAGUACGUGGAUCCAUUGUGCACGCUGCUCUUCUCGGUAAUUGUGAUUAUGACCACGGUGCAGCUGUUCCGGGAAUCUGUCUCCAUACUCUUGGAUGCGGUGCCGCGCAGCGUCUGUCUGGCGACGCUGCAGCGCGACCUGGCCAGCAUUGAGGGUGUCAAAUCGGUGCAUCAUCUAAAUGUCUGGCAGCAUACGAGCGAACACAAUGUGCUGAUGGCUCAUCUGGUUGUGGACCUGCUGAGCGACUCGAAUGUGGUGCUGGAGCUGGCAACGCAAUUGGCCUGCAGCAGCAAGUACAACAUCAAACAUGCGACCAUACAAAUCGAACGCUUGACUGAACAUAAGCGACAACAAAAACAGCAACUAAAACAACAGCAAUAUAUGUACUGACCGACCAAAGUCUGUGUGCUGCAGCAUUAUCAAAAUGGCACAAUUUUAUGUGAUUAUAUUUGUAUUUGUUAUAAGA